UUGACUAAUUUCGUUGGGUUAAAACAAAGGUUAAAAAAUAGAACGAAAUACGUUUACCGAGACGACAUUUCAACGGUUAUGGCCAGUAUUGGACACACAAGCAUUUCAUUUUUAAAGGCCUCUGGUGGCCUGUGCCAGCUGAGAGGAUGCCGACUCCUCCAUGCUACCUUUUACCCCUCGGCCACCCGACCCCAGGAGAGGCGGAUCAAACCAUUCCCUGUCAUCAGCGGAGAGGUAGACACUGGUUCACCUGAGUUUCAGCAGAAUUUGGAAUCUUCCAACAAACUGAUGACAACAUAUGAGGAGAUCUUGAAGAAAUCAUGUGCAGGUGGAGGUGAAAAGGCCAUAUUGCGACACACAAAGCAGCACAAGAAGUUGUUGGUUACAGAGAGGAUAAACCUGCUGCUGGACAACUAUGAUGAUUUUCUGGAGUUGUCUCCCAUUGCAGGGCAUGCAAUGCAGUAUGGAGAUGUGCCCAGAGCCGGGGUCAUCACAGGUGUAGGAAAGAUCCAUGGGAGGUACUGCAUGAUAAUCGCCAAUGAUGGGACGGUGAAGGGCGGGACAGUUUACCCUAUCACUCUGAAGAAGCAGCUCAGAGCCCAGGAGAUAGCUCAGCAGAACAGGAUCCCCUGUGUAUAUGCCGUGGACUCAGGCGGAGCAUUCUUGCCGCUGCAGUCUGAGAUUUUCAACCCUGGAGGUCAGACAUUCUACAAUGAGGCAGUCAUGGGCUCACAGGGUAUCCCUCAGGUAGCUAUAGUUUGUGGUAGCUGUACAGCUGGCGGGGCUUAUGUGCCAACCAUGGCAGAUGAGGCAGUGAUAAUAAAUCGCAUCGGCACCAUCUUCCUUGGUGGUCCUCCCCUUGUCCAGGCUGCCACAGGGGAGAUCAUCUCAGCCGACGAAUUAGGGGGAGCAACUCUUCACUGCAGUGUGAGUGGCUGUACUGACUACUUUGCUGCUGAUGAGUAUGAGGGGUUCCAGACAGGCAGGGACAUUGUAGAGGGACUCAACCUACCUCCUCCCCCGGGCCCUCAGAGGGAGCCCGAAGAGCCCUUAUUUGACCCAGCUGACAUUGCAGGCAUUAUACCAAAUAAAAAGCAGGAAUAUAUGGAUGUCAGAAAGGUGAUUUCCCGCCUGGUCGAUGGAAGCAGAUUCAGUGAAUUCAAAGUGCAAUAUGGCUCAACACUCAUCACAGGCUUCUCUCAUAUCAAAGGGUAUCUGGUAGGGAUAUUAACCAAUUCAGGGGAGAUAACAGACACAGCGGCUGCCAAGGGAGCUCACUUUGUCAACAUGUGUUCGGAAAGAAACAUUCCACUUAUAUUUCUACAUAAUACAACAGAGGAAACAGAGUCUGCAAGCUCAUAUGGCUUGCAAGGAGGCAACUUGUUACGAGACCAUGCAAAGCUGAUGUCAGCAAUCAGCUGUGCCAGGGUACCUAAAAUAUCUGUUGUCAUUGGUAACAGUAUUGGGUCGUCAAACUUCCUCAUGUGUGGCAGAUCUUGUAGUCCAAGCUUCAUGUUUUCCUGGCCCAACGCUGUCAUCGGCAUGCAGGAGAAAAAUGCUCUUGUUCAAAGUAUAAUAAAGGAUAAAUUUGCCAUCAACGAGGGCGGCCCUGAGAGACAAGAGAUGGAGCAGAAAUUGUUACACAGGUUCUCCAUGGAGAUGUCUGCGUUCUACAUCAGCUCUCGUCUCCUUGACGACGGCAUCAUCCUACCUCAUAACACUAGACAGGUGAUAGGCCAGACCCUGGAUAUAACUACCGCCUACAUGCCUCGACAACACCCUGCUUAUGGAGUAGUAAGGAUGUGAUUAGACUUGGCGAUAUGUUCUUGCUAAUUCUGUGAUACAAAUACAUUAUACUGCAGUGGACAUGACUCUUUCUUAUAUUAUAACACAUAAUAACUUGUUUAUGUAAGUCAAGUACGUAAGAAAGUUUUUGAAUGUUUUGUGACCUUCGUAUUUUAUCGCGUCUUACUUUUGAUAUUUCUGUUGCAGUAUCAUAUUAAGCAUUUAAGCAUACAGUCAUUUGAAGUACCUUCAAUAUUGAUAACAAGGUUUAUUUAUAUUAAUAAACUGUGCAUAUUUCUAGGUUGUUUUGUACUGUUUCAAAAUAUAAAUGGUUAACAAAUGUGUUCUCAUAACUUUUUAUAAAAAAUAAAACUAAA